UUACAAAAAGUUGCAAUUAAGUAAGUAAUUGUAAUUGAAGAAAUUGUGACAACUUUGCCGAAACUCGUUGUUUGAGCUUUCACGUGUCCGUAGUUCUCCAGAUAAGCGCUGAACAAGCGCGUGGUUGCUACGCGCGUGCUUUCUCAGUGCUCAUAACGAGCACGCGCGUAUUUUGCCGCCUGUGCGGAGCGGCAAGAAGAGGCAGGGGGAACCGAAUCUGAUUGGGAAACGCGAAUCGACGUAAUACCGCGUUUUACGUCGACGUUUGAUAUGGGCCAUGAAGCCCACAUCAAACAUUCACAUUCUCAAAAAAUGUUUUGUCUCAAAUCAACCAUGUCUGAAGUUUCUUAGUUUUCUAGGUUUUUAUAUUCAGGAGGGUUUAUACUGGUUUAGAAAUGUUCCUCUACAUUCAUUUCCUGUGAUGAGCAGGUGUUCUAUCAGAUUAUCAUACGCGGUCAGAAUAGCGUACAUGCAGUGAGUACGCAUGCCUGCGCAUGCGCAUUAAGAAGUCCGACCGUCAGAGGAGCUCAGUUCAGUUUACGCGACAGGUUGUGACGAAAAUAAGUCAUUAAAUUGCUUUCAAUAAUAACUAGAUAGAUAUAAAUGCAUUGUCGUGGUUUCAAAGUGUAUUUAAAGCAGAGUCUAGCUACAGCUGCAGUCAGCUACAACACGCCCCCUUGUGAAACUCAUUAGCCUAGUUAACCGCUAAGUCAGGAUGUCACACCGCUGUUAAUAGCAAAUGUAUGACGAUCUACGUCAUGAUUCUAUGUUGCUGACUAACUAAGAUCAUAUGGUGAUGACAGGGUAUACUUGUCUGAUAGAUAUAACCGUCAGUUCGUGCUAAGCGGCUCUCUAUUGUCCUCAUCCAUCCGGUGAAGACCGGGGUAAUUCGUGUAAUUACAGGCUAGUAAACUAGAUGUGCACAAAGUUGGCUAAAGAUGCAACUCAAGAAAGAUGAAACUGUUCAACUCUUGUUGCUGUCUGUCAGCUGUCGCGGAAAAAGUAUUUCGCUGUUCGUAGCUCCCCGUGUGUAACGUGUUGCUGUGAACUAGAUAACCCUCCGCGGGUGAGAGGCGUUGAUGUCAAAAUAGAUGGUUCAUUAAUCUGCGUUAUGUAAAAUUAACGCAUUAAACGCGUUAACGUGGACAGUCCUAUGUGCGAGAGAAAAUAAAAUAAAAUAAAAAACAGUUGAGGCAUCCUACCCUCAAACAACUUCCGCAAAAAGACCAGAAUAUAACCAUCUGCAUAGGUGAACUAAAAAGAACUUGUGUUGCACAUAAUAUUAGCUGAGAAAUAACCGAAGUUAGCUUUAGCAAACAAGCGAGAGUAGCUCAAAAUGACCACAUCAAAUAUAUUUUCUUACACAAACAAACACAAAAAAGCAAUAUGUUUUUUAAAAAGUACUUACAGGCUAGAGUCCUGUAAGUACCUCUAGCCUGUGAACGUUCGCCUCCAGUACAUUAAAAAUUAAAAAUUUACAGUACAGCUGUAAAUUUCCGCACGUGAUCCAGCGGUCCAAUCAGGCCCCAUAUACUUUCCAUAUGCAUGGAAAAUAUAUUCACAUCACAGUGAAGAGCUGUAUUUUCAAAAUCUUACUGAAUUUUCACAAUGUAGUUUUUACAGUCAUUUGUUACAGUGUAGGGAAGCUGAAAAAUUAAAAGUUAAUUUAAUGUACCUCAGUCAUUAUUCCAUCUAUAGAUGCCAGCAUCUCUACGCUUCACAGUUGGAACCAUGUGAAGCGUUUUUGUUGGUGCAAACUUUGCUACUCUUUGUGUCAAACCAAAGAACACUGCAAACACACACUUCUUCAGCACUGAUGAGGAGUUCAUCUAUGAGAGGUGAGCAGCCACAGAUUCACAGUAAAUGUUGUUUCAUAGAACUUUAUAUGAAGAAUACAUGACAUUUGGACAUUUUAAAUAAAAAAUAAAUAAAUAAAAACAACUGAAAACAACAGACGUUUUUCACAACUGGAAGCUAGAAAAAAUACAAACCAAACACCACCAAAACCAUAAACAUAAUGGAUUAUAAGGUCUCUGCAAACAAAAUUUGAAACUAGACACAAGACAUGUAAAACAUCCAAACUCUCAGUUAAGACUUUUAUGAGUAUUGAGCUCAUUUUAAUUUAUAAUGUUAAUUAUUGAUUUAUUCCUUAUUGCAACAAGCGUAGGCUACAUAUAUCUCAAAUUGUUUUGACACCCUAACCAGACGCUGGACUCUGAAAUGUUUAGUUGGAUAACCUAGAAAAAAUACUUUGUAAUCACCAUUAAGACUUGUGAGUGAGCUAGCGCCAUGUGAAGCUCACAGCUCUGGAGCUCAGACUGUUGGCACCAUCAGGUGACAGAACAAAAACGCCUCAGGCCAGCUGAACCAGUCUGGGACUGGAAGCUAUCAGAGGUUGCUUAGUGAUGCACAAACGUAGAAACAAUAUUAUGAAAGCAUUACUAUCAGCUAUUACAUAAAGGAAAAGGGAUUACUGCAUAAGCAUGCAUAAACUGUUCACCUACUCAGCCCUGCUGGGCUCUGGGAACUUGCAAGUCAGUGUGUGUGAAUGUGUGUGUGAUGUGUGAGUGUGUGUCCAAGCAGUGCAGAUCAGCAGAGAGAUUAGUGUUUUCUGAGUGUGUGGACGGCUUGAUGGAACGUUCUGGAAGCCUUUCAGCUGUAGGAAACUGGAGAGAAGACAGAAUCUUGAAGUUCUGACUUUCUUCAUUUGAGCUGAACAGAAGGAACCAAACUAAAACCAACUUCAGGAGUUACUACAGUCAGUAGUGUCAGUGCUGGAUCCAGGCAGAGAUAACACAGAGGGAUAACGGACCAUGCUCCUCCCCUGUGGACGCCCAGGCUUUUGGCCACAUCACAAGUGGUGUCAUAUCAGCUAAAUCAGACCGAGAAAUAAUCCGUUUAUUUUAAAGUGAAACAGAGGCUUGGUCAGACUCCACUGACAGCAACACUUCAACCUCACUGGUCAAAUGGCAGAGGAAUACGAACAGGCAGAAUUUAUCAAAGAUCGACUGUACUUUGCUACUCUUCGUGUCAAACCAAAGAACACUGCCAACACACACUUCUUCAGCACUGAUGAGGAGUUCAUCUAUGAGAGUUUCUACGCAGACUUUGGGCCCCUGAAUCUCGCAAUGCUCUACAAAUACUGCUGCAAACUCAACAAGAAGCUCAAGUCCUUCACAAUGUCUAGAAAGAAACUGGUUCACUUCACCAGCUAUGACCAAAAGAAGAGAGCCAACGCUGCUUUUCUCAUCGCUGCCUACUCUGUUAUCUAUUUGAAAAGGAGUCCAGAUGAAGCCUACAGAACUCUGAUCUCAGGAAAUAAUACUCCCUACCUGCCAUUCAGGGAUGCAGCGGCGGCAGAGAGCACCUUCAACCUCACUGUCCUGGACUGUUUACAGGGAAUACGUAAGGCAUUGCAGCACAGAUUCCUGGAUUUUGAAACUUUUAGUCCUGAGAAAUAUGAACAUUACGAGCGAGUUGAAAAUGGAGACAUGAACUGGAUCAUCCCAGGAAAAAUUCUGGCUUUCAGCAGCCCUCAUGCUCGAAACAGGGUGGAGAACGGUUAUCCUCUCCAUGCACCUGAGGCGUACUUUGAGUUCUUCGGCCAAAACAACGUGACUGAUGUGGUCCGCCUGAAUAAAAAGUUGUACGAGAGCCGACGGUUUGAGGACGCACAAUUUGAACACCAUGAUUUCUUCUUCAUGGACGGCUCAACACCCUCUGACCUGAUCGUUAGACGCUUCCUGCACGUGUGUGAGAGUGCAGAGGGAGCUGUAGCUGUGCACUGUAAAGCUGGUUUGGGCCGUACAGGCACUCUGAUCGCCUGCUAUCUGAUGAAGCACUUCAGGUUCACAGCAGCUGAGGCUAUCGCUUGGAUCAGGAUCUGCCGACCCGGGUCAAUUAUUGGUCCCCAGCAGAACUUCUUAGAAGAGAAACAACACAGCUUGUGGGUUCAGGGAGAUGUGCAUCGCUCCAAACAGAAGCUUGCCCAGCAGAGGUUCAAUCGACAGCAGCAGCAGCAGCAGCAGCAGCAGCAGUACCAUCUGCCUGGUUCUGACCCGGUACCACUGGGCAAACAAGAAGCAAUGCCUCAUCUGGUUACAAGCAUGAAUGAUCUGUCAAUCAAAACCGCUCUGUGCAAAUCCUACAGUUUGGAUGAAAGCAACUGUAAGGAAACCAGUCUGACCCAGGGAGACAAUCUGAGAGCAGUGAAGGGAAAACGGACACCAAGAUCAGCUUCCUCCUCUUCCAGGUCAAACAUGUCAAAGGAGUCCCACUGUUCCAUCCUCCCUCCCCCUAAGUCUCCUAAAAUCAGUCUUUCCCUUCCUCCAUCCUCUUCUAAAAAGCUUAGAAGAAGCUCUUCCACUGUCACACAGAUCAAGAGCCCUUUCAGCCUUAGUCUGUUCAGCACCAGGCCUGCACUGAUUCACUGAACUCAGCUGGGAGAACAAGGUUAUGGAUCUGACAGUGAGCAGAUUGCAAAACUGGAUCAGCCAGAGUCUGAGAAGGCCUUAAACAUUGUGUUCAUGAAGCUGUUGAAUUCUGCUUCAUUGAUUUGCGAGAACAGUCGAUGAACAAAUCAGCUGUUAAGAAUUAUAUUUUUCCUGUAAUACCCAUUGUAACAUAGCCACUAUGUUUGUUUUUUUCUGAAUAAAUACAUUAAAGAGUAAAUGUAUCAAACUGUUUUGUAGAACAGUUGCUGUUAUUUCAUAGUUAAAAUCUCCACUGUUUAAAGUUGAUUUUGGGCAGCAUCAUGCUGGUUUUAGGUGUGGUUGAAAUUAGUGAAUAAAAAGGGGCGUGGCGUCGAAGAGGAAGACGCACACAGUCAGAUCUGACUUGAUUGAAUGUUUAAAAUAAGUUAAAAAUCAAAGAAAAGAGAUAAAACAGCAAUCAAAGUUCAACCCAGCGCCGCAGAUCGUGCAUUUAGAAACCGGAUCGGAGCUUGUACCCAGGAAACGCCGCCCGGUGUGAGAGGACGCCACCGAGGGGGAAGAAAGACGCUCCGGUGAGAUCUGGACUUUUGCUGGUACCACUCUUUUUGCUUAUCUUUUUUGGGGGGAUUUUGACGUUUUGGAUUUUUCAUUUUGGAUUGGGACUUUGGAUUAAAACGGAGAAAUACUUCCAGGACUUUGUUUUGUUUGUUGGAGGAUAUGGAACUCCUUUGUGGACAUUAUUCUUUUGAAAAAAGAAUGGGAAAUUUUGGACAUUUAAUUAUUUAGGUUUUUGCUGAUAUAAACUGAGUGAUUUAAAUCUAACCUAUAAUUAUUUUUUGAGGGAUUUUUGGUUAUUGAUUUAGUUAUCAAGAUAACUAUUAUUAUUUCUUAGU